UUUCGGUUUUGAGGGGGGCUGAGAGGGGUGGGGGUUAUCAGAGAGAGAGAGAGAGAGAGAGAGAGAGAGAGAGAGAGAGAUGUCUCACAAGAAGCAGAGCGCGGAUUCGGUGAAAAGAAGCCCCUCUCUGUCUGAAGGAGAAAUGUUCGGCGAAUUUCAGGACUGGUGCCUCCGGACUUACGGAGACUCUGGCAAAACCAAGACGGUGACCCGGCGCAAGUACAACCGGAUCCUCCAGACGCUCCUGCAGGGCGACGAGCCGGACUCGUACGCGGACAGCAGCCACAUCAACGCCAAAUUUAAGUUCUGGGUCAAGUCCAAAGGCUUCCAGGUGGGGAGCAGCGAGGGAGGACAGCGCGACAGGAACGGGGAGAGACCCGUCCUGUACGUGCCCAUCAAGGCUGCGUGCGUAGAUGGAGCUGCAGGUCAGGAGGGUUCCUCUCUGAAGAGAGUUGCUGUAGUGGAGGACUUCUAUGACAUCAUCUAUGCCAUGCACGUAGAGAUCAGCUCUGACCCGGCCAAAGCCCCCAAGCAUGCCGGCCAGAAAAAAACCUACAAAGCGAUAGCAGAGACGUAUGCGUUUCUGCCCAGAGAGGCGGUGACCCGAUUCCUGAUGAGCUGUGGAGAGUGUCAGAAGAGAAUGCACAUCAGCCCAAGUGGAACAGAGUGCAAAGAGAAUGACCAGCCUGCCUCUCUGGUGCCUGAUGUCAUCGACUACAACAUGCCUCUGACCACCACCUACCUGAAACAGAUGAAGCUGAAGUGCAUGAACAACAACGAACAGGAUGAGAGUUCAGUGAGCAGUGAGGAGUUUGAUAUGAGUGACCCCACAUGGAUUUCAGCUGAGCACCACAGCGCGCUUUCUGACCCCAACCGGCCCACCAGCACAGAGAGAAUGCACAGCCCCCAAAACGCCCAUAAAGAGGAGGACGAUGACUCUUCCUCAGAAAGUGGGAGUGGCAAUGGAAUCCACAGCAUGACUCCACCCUCUAUGAGCGUGGUAGCUGUGAGUGACAGAGCUGGGGCUGGACCAGUGACGGGGUCGUACAGUCAGGUUAACGGGAACGGGACAGCCGCACCACUGGACUUCAGCAUGACUUCGUCCUCCUCGUCCUCAGAGGACCAGCAGCCGGUGAACCUGAGAGAGAGAGUGGGCCAGGCUCUGCCCACUGCCGCCACCAUGCUAGCCACAUUUAACCCUGAACACUCAGAGGAACUCCGCAGAAAAUUCUCCAAACCCCAACUGGCGUCAGACCUACACCUCGACAGAGACAUCAGGGACUACGGCAACAAGUCUCCUCACUAUGGCUCAGGGAGCUAUGACUCCAUAAAGAUGGAGAUGUGUGCUGAGGACCUGACAGUCAGUCGCUCUCAGGCUGCCGAUGAUGAUGAUGAUGACCAUGACGACCACGAUGACAGUGACAAGAUUAACGAUACGGAGGGAGUGGACCCAGAGAGGCUGAAGGCUUUUAAUAUGUUUGUGCGACUGUUUGUGGAUGAAAACCUGGACCGCAUGGUGCCCAUCUCCAAACAGCCCAAAGAGAAGAUCCAGGCCAUCAUCGAGUCCUGCAGCCGUCAGUUUCCAGAGUUUCAGGAACGCGCUCGCAAACGUAUCCGCACCUACCUCAAAUCCUGCCGCCGUAUGAAGAAAAACGGCAUGGAGACUCGGCCCACGCCGCCACACUUGACCUCAGCCAUGGCAGAGAACAUUCUGGCUGCUGCCUGUGAGAGCGAAACACGAAAUGCUGCCAAGAGGAUGCGGAUGGACGUCUACCAAACACACGAAGAUCAGAUAGCUCUGGAUAAGGCUAUCUCUCGUGAGCCGGUGACCCACUCUGCAUAUUCUCUGGCAGCCUCAGCCUACUCCCAGGACCAGCUGUACAUCAACGGAGGCCUUGGGUACACUUACCGUGCUUAUGGUGGCCUGGGAGGCAGCAUGCAGCACCCUAUCUCUUUGACGACCCCUACAGCCCAGAGCAAUGGGCCUACUGAUCUCAGUAUGAAGUCUCUGGCUUCAAACUCAUCUACGUCAAGCAGCAGUAGUCUUGGGCGGAGUGCAGGAGGUGGGACUUCUGCCCAGCUUAGCCAUACGGAAGUGGCAGCUGUGCGCCAGCUGAUUGCCGGCUACCGCGAAUCAGCAGCCUUCUUACUGCGCUCCGCAGACGAGCUGGAGAACCUCAUACUGCAACAGAACUGAACCGCACAUUCUUUCCUCUCAUCCCACCAUUUCUCACCCUCCCCCUUUAUCUCUCCUUCCAUCGCUUAUUGGAUUGGCCAGCCUCUCCCUGUCAUUGCCAACCAUCUUCCUCAUCCCUAAAAGCCUACAGAUCUGAAGAUAUCUGAAGAUAUCUGAAGAGAGACGCCGAUCAUUGCAUCAUCAUGCUAACACAUUCAGAUUGACUGGAUGGAGCUUUUCCAGAAAGAUAGAGAAAGGAAGGUAAAGAAAGACGAGGAAUACAAGAGGGUGAAUAGGGGUGUCACUGGUGGGGUGCUGCAUCAGAGAAGAAAAGAGCACUGUACAGCACUUUUUGCUGUAUGCGUGUGCUGAUCCUGUGAAUCAUACACCCCUCUACCCCUCAAUGCCCCUAGGCUUACUUACUAAAACAGUCUUAAAUCACAUUAUUUUUCCUUUUAAAUCCCCCUCUGCUUUUGAAAGCCAUUGAUUUCUGUUUUCUUUUGUUCUUAACCUACUUAAAAGAAGGCAUUAUGCUGUGCCAAUACUCCAGUUUAGCACUAACUAAAUGAAGACACUUUUCUUGAAUCGAGGCUAAAGAAGAUGCCUGGGAAAAAAGAACGAUUAAAGAGAAAAUGUAAGGAAAAGAAAGAAAGAAAAAAAAAAAAAAAAAAAAAAGACCUUUGCUUUUGCUGUAAAUAAAUGCGCUCUGUGUUCUGAAGCACUUUUUUUCCACUCGCUCUGACCUCUCCUCCCCUAACGACUCUUUUUUGCUGCGGGGAGAAAAUUGUGUAACUUAUGCAUAAGAAUAUACAGGUGGAGCUCACCUGGAAAUACCUCAGCCUGUCCGAAACUCCCAUCCCUGUGUGUCCCAGCCCCUCACUCUUUCUGUCCUGGGGGGGAGAGAAAAACGGCUCCCUCUCCUCCACUACCUUAUGUGUCUAGUGCCUCGCCAAGACCUGCAAGAGGCAGUACAUACAGGGAGUGAGAUUUGUUCGUUUCUGUAGUUAAUUUAAUUGAUUUUAUUAUCAUUUUUCUUCCUUUUUUGCUUCUAUAACGUGAUGUACAUAUUCAAAUCUGAAAGUAUUGAUUACAGAACUACACUGGAAUUACACUGGAAUCGAAGAAUUAGAACUGAAUGAAAUGUUUCAAUGAGGUAAAUAUCUCCACUUUCAGUUAUUAGGUCUUUUUUUGAGGCCUCUACACUUGCCGUAGCUCAUCUCUCAAGGCGUUUCAUCUCCGGAUGCCAACUCUCCACUCCACUUCCUUUCCUACGGGUCACCCUUUUUUUUUUUUGUCUUUAAUUUUUUUUUAACUUCCUGCCGCCUCUCCUCUUUGAUUCGAUCCUCUUCCGUGCUCAGCUUUGGAGCAGGGGAGGGAGGGAGGUAGAGAGGAAUGGAGGGAAGAUCUGUUUAGUCUUUUUAUCUGUUGACUUUUCUUGAAGGCCAUUAAUUCACUCUGCUGCUAAAGGACUUGGACUUUACGCCACAGACCUGAAACCUCAAGCCUCCUACACAACCAGAGCACCUCAAAGAUGGGAAAAAAAAAACAACGAAAACGCAAAAAA